ACAAGAGAACAAUCACCACUUGUAAAUGUUUGUAAAUUUUGGUACACGGAUUGUGUUAGGAUGCUAUACGUGUAAUGGAGGACUAUCACAUCCUAGAUAUGAUUGGAGAGGGGUCCUUCGGAAAAGUAUACAGGGGUAGAAAAUUGUACACAACUCAGAUAGUUGCGCUCAAGUUUAUCCCAAAAAUCGGCCGGUCGACGCGAGAUCUCACGAACCUGAGACACGAGAUCGACAUCAUGAAAUCGCUUCAACACGAGAACAUCGUCAGAACGCUGGACGCCUUUGAGACGGAGACUGAGGUUGUUGCGGUGACAGACUAUGCUGAAGGAGAAUUGUUUAGGGUACUGGAAGAUGACAGCUCUAUUCCAGAGAGUCAGGUGCAGAUCAUUGCCUGCCAGCUGGUGGCAGCACUGUACUACCUCCAUGCUCACAGCAUUCUGCACAGAGACAUGAAACCCCAGAACGUCCUGCUGUCAACGGACGGAGUUGUCAAGCUAUGUGACUUUGGAUUUGCUAGAACUAUGAGCCCCAACACCUUUGUCUUGACCUCUGUCAAGGGCACUCCUUUAUACAUGGCUCCAGAACUCGUGGAGGAGAGACCGUACGAUCACAAUGCUGACCUCUGGGCACUGGGAUGCAUACUGUAUGAGAUGGUUGUGGGCACGCCACCAUUCUACACUAACAGCAUCUACAAGCUCGUGUCCAUGAUUACUGGCGACAACGUCUCGUGGCCGCCCGCCCUCAGCCCCACGUUCACAGACUUCCUGCAGGGACUGCUGCAGAAGGAUGCAACGCAGCGGCUGACGUGGCCCGCCCUGCUCCAGCAUCCGUUCAUCUCACACGCAAUAAACGUGUCGGAUAGCUGUCGCGAUGCAGCGCUGGCUAGUCCCUUCACGAACCCGCUCACCACAUCGCAGGCGCUGGCCAGGGCCAAGCAGAUCAAGGAGAGGCAGCCGCCCUCAGGACCACCGAGAAUAAUCGCGCACGUAGCAGCUGCAGGCGACGGCGUGACCUUGGUGAGGGCGUAGAUGUGUAGUCGCUUAA